AUGGUUGCCGGCGAUUGGUACGAAUACCACGAGAAUUCAGUGGAUGACGAAGGAAGAACCAGCGAUGACAGCCCAUACCAAGUGCACCACCAGGAGGAUGAUAUCAAGGAGUACGAACUACCGCCUUCUGCCACUGCCACCACACCCACAGCCAACACGGAUGGCACAAAUGCCACUACGGGCACCGCUAUCAAUGGUGCUGCAGCAAGUCCCACUAGUAUAAAUGGAUUUCACGAUGCUAACAGCGACGGUUACGAUGGCCACAUUGAUGUGUUUUCUUCGUCCGAAAGCAAAACAGCAGACCGACAAUGUAGCAGCAGCAGUUUUUUUGCUCGGCUGACAUCUAUCCCUCUGGUACAGGAUGGCAUUUCCAGUGCCAACAAAGUAGUUCAACAACAUGCGCUUGGAAGAUUCGCUGGUCGGACGCUUUCGACGCUUGUAGCAAAGACUCAAACAUAUAUUCCGACAGACGAACAAAGCCGACUGUAUGGUCAUCUCGAACGCGCGAAUGCCCUAGGCAACAUGUCGCUGGAUCUUGUGGAGUCUCAGUUCCCCUUAAUGAUGCAUGCGACCAGUAAUGAUCUCAGACAUGCGCCGAAUCUCAUGGCGGGUGAGAUUAGGGGUCGUAUCGGUACAGCUAUUAAUCGAUUCCGCGCGCCUGCGGAUGCCGCGACAAAUGAUGUGAGUCGGCGUAUGGCACAGGUCAUGGAUAACGUUGAGGCUGUGCUAGACCAAUACUUUCCGACCGAUGAAGAAGGCGAAAAGCUACAACAGCGCCAGCAGCAACAGCAGCAAAUGCAAGAGGACGAAUUGAUCGAUCCACAGGACGGACAGCGUUUGGAUGACGGUGAAGGCGGUACGGAACAAGAUAUUCAUUCGUAUAACCAGCUGCUGCGCAUGUACCGUAUAGCCAACUCGCUCUCUAUCCGAAUUGCACGAAGAAUUGCCAUCCAGCUCGACAAAAGCAAGUCGGUAUCGAAAGACAGUAAUGGUACCGAGAAUGUUGAGCUUUCUCAACAGCAGCAGCAAGAACAAGCCGCUGCCAUAAUGAAGCUUCGAGGAUGGCUUCUAACGCAAACCCAGCAACUCGUCGAGCAUCUCGAUAUCUACAAAUCUCAGUUGCCCGAGCCGGUCCAAGCGCAUGUCGUUCAGCCAUUUAUUCAAAUCGCCCAGAAAGAAUACGAAAUUCUGCGUCAAGAAAUUGACCGCACGGAUAUUUCGCAUAUCCAGCGCGCACGCAAUAUGCUUGUUUUGUCUCAAGACAUGGUGAUUAUGCCAUUAUUACAGCAAUCGGUCGAAAGCAUGCGCAGCCAUGUGGUGUCGUAUCGGACGAUGGCCCAGCAAAAUCGAGCUCAGGUGAUGAACGAGCUCUCUGUCAAGGUUCCUUUCCUCGCCAGUAUUGCCCCCAUGUCGGCAUUUGCUAGCCAUCAUUUCAGUAGCAAGAAACCUACGGAAACAGAAGGCAAGAAGAAGUUGAACGGAGUUCAUCCCCCGGACGAAGACAUGAUGAAAACCCCUGCCGCUGCUGCCGAAGCGUGUUAAUAGAAUCUCGUUCUGACCUUGCCGUUUACUACGUUAUAGUGGUAUAAGGCCUUCCCAUCUCUCUUUCCGGUCAAAGACAUAUAACAGUCCCGUCAUAAAAACAAAACCAACUUUCAUCAAAUCCAUAGUAAU